AUCAAUAUUUUUGCAAUGAUUUCUGUAUUUCAAAUUAGUAUUUUCUGUAAUUGUAUAGAGCAGAGAGUGGGAGAAUAGAAGGAAGUAUGAGUGAUCCAAUUGUAUGGUACACAGAACAUUUUACAAUUUUAACUCAUGUUUAUUUUCCAGUGUAACAUUUAUAUUGUUGUUUCAGGAGUUAAAUUAAGUUAAAACUUCUUCUUGAUAGGGGGCGCAAUUUCAACAUAUGGCAAAAUAUGCGUACCCAUUUUAAACUGCCUAUUUCUCAUCCCCCGAAACUAGACUAUGCAUAUAUAAGUCAGAUUAGGAUAGAAAACACUCUGAAGUUUCCAAAACUGUAAGAAGUUUGUCUGUGAGUUAAACAGAACUUUUAUUGCAGGUGAAACCUGAGAAAACUUCAAGCAGGAAGUGGCACUAAUUUUGAGAGCUCUGUGUUCCAAUGCAUUCCUAUUGCAUAUGUGAAGUCUUAUCAAUAAGACCUCUUUUUCUAUGUCUUCCCUAAGGUGUCAACAGCUUUUAGACGUAGUUUCAGGCCUUUAUUUUGAAGGAUGAGCUUGCAAGAGCACAUUGAGUAAGUGGACAGGUGCGGGCUCUCUGGGUGAAUCUUGCGUAAAUCUGAAAGGUAGCCAUUGUUUCUCUCGCUCUAGUGAGAAGCCAACUGUCCCGGUUGAUUUAUUAUUGAAUAGAUAUGUGAAAAACACAAUGAAUUUGGAUCAGAAACAACGUUUGACAUGUUUAUGUGGACAUUAUGGAUAUCAUUUGGAAUUCUUUUCGCCGUUGUUGAAAACGCUUUUUCCGGUGGAGUCCUGGUCAUGACGCAUCAAACAAACGGAGGUGUUUGGAUAUAAAACAUAUCUUUAUGGAACAAAAGGAACAUUUGCUGUCUAACUGGGAGUCUCGUGAGUGAAACCAACCGAAAAUCAACAAAGGUAAACGAUUCAUUUGAUUGCUUUGCUGGUUGUUGUUACCGAGUUACCUGACGCUAGCUGUUCUUAUUGUUUUGUCGAGCGAUCGAUACAUUUACACAAAUGCAUGUAUUGCUUUCGCUGUAAAGCAUCAUUUCAAAAUCUGAGACGACAGAUGGAUUAACAAAAGGCUAAGCUGUGUUUUACAAUAUUCCACUUGUGAUUUCAUGAAAUUAUAUUUUAUGAUUACCCUCUGGCGCUAGGCUACACUAUGCUAGUCAGGGUUUUUAAUGACAGAAAUCCCGGAUCCGGGAUGGGUAGCAAUGAAAGAUUAACUCCUUGUUAAUCCAACCGCUUUGUCAGAUUUCAAAAAGGCUUACGGUGAAAUCAUACCAUGCGAUUAUCUGAGGACAGCGCCCCGCGUACAAAAGCAUUAAAAACAUUUUCCAACCAAGCUGCGGCAUCACGAAAGUCAGAAAUAGGGAUAAAAUAAAUCACUUACCUUUGAAGAUCUUCCUCUGUUUGCAAUCCAAAGGGUCCCAUCUAUAUCACAAAUUGUUGUUUUGUUCGAUAAAGUCCUUCUUUAUUUCAACAAAAAGUCAGUUUAGUUGGCGCGCUUCAUUCAACAAUCCACCGGUUUCCCCUCGUUGAAAAUGCAUACAAAAUUAAUCCCAAACGUUACCAAUAAACUUUGUCCAAUCAAGUCAAACAACGUUUCUAAUCAAUCCCAGGUACCCUAAUACGUAAAUAAACAAUACAAUUUAAGACGGAGAAUAGUAUGUUCAUUACCGGAGAUAAAUGACAAAGUGCGCACCCUCACCGGAGCGCAUCAUAACACUACAGCCAAAAUGGGAGCCACUUAGGAAAAACUACAAAUUCUAGCUAAUUUUUCAAAAAACAAGCCUGAAACUCUUUCUAAAUACUUUUGACAUCUAGUGGAAGCCCUAGGAACUGCAAUCCGAGAGGUAUUCCUUUUAUAUUCCUACAGACAACCAUUAAAUUAGUGGUGAGCUACAAAAAAAAUUCUGGAUGGAUUCUCCUCUGAUUUUUGCCUGCCAUAUCAGUUCUGUUAUACUCACAGACAUUCUGUUAACAGUUUCAGAAACUUUAGAGGGUUUCCUAUCCAAAUCUACCAUGCAUAUGCAUAUCCUAGCUACUGUGCCUGAGUAACAGACAGUUUACUUUGGACACCUCAGUCAUCCAAACUUCCGAAUACGGCCCCCUAGCCCUAAGAAGUUUUAACCCUAAUUUGCUCCAGCUGUGCUGUACCACUAUGGCUGACCCUGUAAAACAACACAUUUCACUGCAAGUAUCUGGUGUAUGUAACAAUAAAACAUUUAAACAUAUUUUUUAUUUAUAGAGGGUUCUAGGCAGAACCAUUUACAAUGGGAUUUACCUAGCACCAAAAAGGGUUCCCCUGUGGGGACAAGAACCCUAUGUCUUUGUACUUUGAAUCUUUAUUUCUAAGAGUGUAUCCUCUUUUUCAAUCUGUAACCAGGAGAGCACAAGCACCAAUAGUUUCCCUAAUGGUGGAACAAAUGCUGGAAUAUACAGAAUAGACCACUAUAUCCAGCAUUCCUUAACGGCAUAAUCACUGGGCUGUGAAUGCUUUUCAGUGGAACUGGUGAAGCUGGAAAAAAGAUUUUGGGAUGUGUGUGUGAAACUUAAUACCUGAGAUGCAAGUACCUCUCUUCAGGGUGAGCUAAAACCUGUUAACUUGAUUGCCCAUACCUCCAAUCCAGUAAAUGUUUAGCUACUAAUGAUGCAUAUUGCAAUUGGCCAGAUAGAGAACAUGAUAGAGUUUAUUUAAAGUUUAUUGGUCAUGUGACAUAAGCAUUUGGGUAAGUUUCACAUGACGGGCUGUGUGUGUUCGGGUUGUUCUUUCAUGUAUAGUUCCACAUUCAUCAUUGGUGCCUGUCUACUCUCUGUAUGUUUGAUUGUUUGUUUUCUGGUCAUAGUUCCUCCACUAGUAAAUGUGACAGUUGAUGUUCCUCCUGUCAUUGGGGAGAAUGAGGUUAUCUUGGCAACCUGUGUGGCUGCUGGUGCCAAGCCACAGGCAGAUGUGAGAUGGAAGACAGGUGCAUUGGGCAGUUUGUUCAGGACAGUGACUAACUCCACCCAGCACACCAACGGAACCACCACAGUACUCAGCCACCUGCUCGGGGUGCCGACCAGAGCAGCAAAUCAGCAGCAGGUCCAGUGUGUGAUCAACCAGUCUGCCCUGGUAACAGAGAAUACCUACAACUACAGCAUAAACAUCCACUAUCCACCUCAGACAGUGAACAUUACCCUUAGUGAGGCCUCUAAAACCACAGUCUUCCUUUGUGUAGCAGACGGCAACCCACACCCCAACUACACCUGGAGCAGAGUGGGCCAGCCAUGGCCUGGGUCAUCAGUGAGAGCAGAGGAAGGAGACACACUGCACUUCCUCAGCUCUGAGCUGAAUGGUCUCUAUGUCUGUGAGGCCUCCAACCCCUACGGACGAGCAACUGGCUCCCUCUAUGUACACACAUCCUCUGAGACCUCUGCUGCCUGUUGGGUUCUACUCAUUGUCCUUCUAUGCUUGAUUGUUGCUGGGGCUGCACUUUUAUGGUACCAGGGCAAAUACCGACAGUUUCCUUGGAGUUCAAUCAUGGCCAAUCACCAGUUCCAGGCACCACCACAGGUUGAGGAAGAUGAACCUGGGAUGUCUGAGUUCUGACACUCCAAACCAGGAGGGCGGAGAAGGCAGAAGUAACGUGAUAAAUCACAGGAUAGGCUGAGAGCAGAUGCCAGAAGAAUCUCAGACAUGCACUGGGUGUGGGAAGAAUUCCAGUCUGCACAUUCUCCGAUGUUCUAACCAUCUAAUGAUCAGAGACCCAAUGCAGUAUUCACUGUGACAUUAGAAACCUUGGCUCGGUCACUCCUCCACCACAGCUUUACACAGUGCUGGCCCUUGUUUCAGUUUUUUAUCACCUCUCCUGGACUCCGCCUUGCCGUAGUGGAGGGGCGUUGUGACUUCAGCGGGAACAACAACUCUCCUGUAUGUAUGGUGCAUGUUGAAGUCAACUAAAGGGAGGCCAGUUAUACUGUAAAUAACAUGUCAAAUGGAGAAUCUUGUCAGUAAUGACUAGCCAAACCCUGACUGAUGCUGGUACUUGUAGCUGCUCAUAAUGUGUUCCUUCAUAUUAUGCAGCCUUGUGUAGUGUUGGUACAGAGAGCAGUUAUAAGAGGAGCCAUGAAACCAAGGGUGUGGCUAGUGAUCCACUGGGAACAGAAGCCAGAGGUACUUCUUGCAGAGGCUCCAAAUGUAAUUCCUUCAUAUUAUGCACUUAUCCAGUCUUGGUACAGGGAGCAGUUAUAAGAGGAACCAUGAAACCAAGGGUGUGGCUAGUGAUCCACUGGGAAUAGAACCGCCACUAACAGCUGCAUGAAUCCUAUCCCUGAUUAACCCUGUAUUAUGUGUUGUUUUAGCCUAGCAUUAGUGUAGCAUGGCAUUUUUGUCCAACAGUAGUUAGUUAGAGUAGUUAGAAUGCAGGACUUUACACUUCAUUAUUAGUUAGAAUUGUAUUUAUUUUAUUUAAUCUUUAUUUAACUAGGAAAGUCAGUUUAAGAACAAAUUCUUAUUUACAAUGACGGCCUCCUAAAUGUCAAAACGCCUCCUGCGGGGAUGGGGGCUGGGAUAAAAAAAAAAAAAUACAAAUAUAGGACAAAACACACAUCAUGACAAGAGAGACAACACAUCACUACCUAAAGAGAGACCUAAGAAAACAAAUUAGCAAGGCAGCAACAUAUGACAACACAGCAUGGUAGCAACACAACAUGACAGCAACACAACAUGACAACAACAUGGUAGCAACACAAAACAUGGUACAAACAUUAGAAAGAGGAGGAAGGGAAGCGCUACUAAGGUACACUAUAGUAUAUUUUGGUAGAUAGAAGGUGCUCUUUGGUAAAAGGUGUAAAUUGGUCAUCAAAAAGAAAGGAGGACCAAGGCACUCUUCAUAUAAUUAAUUAUGGCAAGGCACUAUUAACUUUGGCAAGGCACUACAAGUCCUUACACCAUGGCAACCCUGCCUCCCUACAAGCUAUGGGUAUUGAUCAUGUUCCUACCUCUAUCGUCUCAAACAGUUAAACCAAAGGGAAAGUUUUUGGAUUUACAAACUACAGGCCACUAAGUACCCUGGUUUAAAUGAAGAUAUGGAUUUCUCACCCUUCCUGUAGGGUCGUGAUGGGUCCAUUUGCUGUCAUCUAGUGGACAUUUUGCUCAAUUGCCCUCAACUAUGUUUGGACUGUUGUUCAUGUUUUGCUGUGGUCUAGUGUACUGUGGAAUAUAUUGCUUUCUUGUUCUGGACACUUCUCCCAGUCAUGGUUAGGGUUGAAACUGCCUCUCUGGGUGUUCUGAUGCUUCUAGCUUGGAGUUGUAUGCUCAUGUUAACAUAGCUACAGUAUUUCACCUUUUCAUGUGUAUAUUAUUGCUUACUAGGUGUGUCCAAUUUGGUAACCACUCCCUCUUCUAAUUAGGGCUAAUUGGAAAAGCCUUUCAAAAGAGGACAUUGUAUUCUCCUUUUUCUGUACUCCCUGACGAAGGCCAUGCAGCCGAAACGCGUCGGUUUUUAAACAACUUUGUUUCUAUUGAACAUGCCAUACUAAUAAAGGCAUUUUAAUUAAUUAUA